ACAGAGGAAUUCAGAACAAUCCAGUCCAAGAGAGAUUAGGAAGCAGAGUAAAUGAGAGAGGGAGAAAGACAAAGGAUAUUUAAUAAGGAGACACAUGACAAGAACACAAGAAGACAGUCAAGAAAGGUUCUCAUUUAUCUUGUAGAGAGAGAGAUAUGGGGGUAACAGCAGUUGUUGGUAUGUGCCUGUUGUGGGUAUGUGCCUUAGCCCUGGGGCAGAGUGGUGGUAGGAUAGAGACUAGUGGUAGUCGUGGUGGUAGUAUAGAGACUAGUGGUAAUAUAGAGACUAGUGGUGGUAGUAUAGAGACUAGUGGUAGUAUAGAGACUAGGGGUGGUAGUAUAGAGACUAGUGGUAGUAUAGAGACUGGUGGUAGUAUAGAGACUGGCAGUAGUAUAGAGACUAGUGGUGGUAGUAUAGAGACUGGUAGUAGUAUAGAGAAUGGUGGUAGCAUAGAGACUAGUGGUGGUAGUGUAGAGAAUGGUUCACCUGGUAGAGCAGACCAUUUAACUGGUGAUACUAGUGUAACUAGUGAUGACACUAGUAGCCCUGAGAUUGUAAUUGGUCAAACCGUUGAUACGGGUAAUGAUGUAACUGGCGUCGGUGGUCCGACUGGUUCCGUGGGCCGUCUGCUGGUAGUACCGAUGGACGGAAGCCACUGGGUGGGGGUUAAGGCCAUCGCCGAGGAGAUGGGUCGCCGUGGACACCAGGUUACCGUGGUGAUCCCCGAGGUGAGCAUGCGUCUGGGCCCCAGCAGCAACUGCAGGACUGUGUCAUAUCCUGUCCCCUACGGCCAGGAGACAGUGGACAUGCUGAUGGACAAGCAUGCAGAUAACCUGCGUGCUGCCACACUGCCCCUAGUGGAGCGGAUGACUCAACGCAUGGCUAAUAUCCAGAAUGUCAGCUCCUUCAUACUGACUACUGCUGAGAGUCUGCUGUUCAACACCACACUAAUCACAUCUCUGGAACAGCAGGGUUUUGAUGCGGUGUUGACCGACCCGCUGGUCCCUACAGGCAUUCUGAUAGCCAGGCGUCUGGGCAUUCCGUCUGUGUGUCUGCUCAGAGGGAUCCCCUGUGGUCUGGACCUGGCCUCAGCCGCCUGCCCCUCUCCUCCAUCUUACGUUCCACGCUUCUUCACCAAAUACACACAUAGCAUGAGCUUUCCACAAAGGGUGGGCAAUGUACUGGUGAGUCUCGUGGAGCCGUUGCUAUGCCGACUGCUGUACUUGCGCUUCGACCAGCUGGCCAAUCGCUUCCUGGGAGAGGAUGUGGGUGUGGCCGAGGUACUGGCAGACACCGCCCUCUGGUUGCUAAGGUAUGACUUUACGCUGGAGUUUCCUCGCCCCCUCAUGCCUAAUAUGGUGCUGGUGGGAGGGAUCAACUGCCAUGUCAGGAACCCUCUGCCACAGGUGAGUGAGUGUGAGCUGGAGCUGGGCCUGUUCUCUGGCUCCAAUGUUCUACAGACAUCACGUCUUCCUAAGAUGAUGAAGUGGAUCCCUCAGAAUGAUCUGCUGGCUCACCAUGGUGCACGGGCCUUCCUGACCCACAGCGGGACCCAUGGUCUGUACGAGGGGGUGUGUCACGCCGUUCCCAUGGUGAUGCUGCCGCUGUUUGGCGACCAACCUGACAACGCUCAGCGAUUGGCCAGUAAGGGAGUGGGCGUGGUCCUGGAUAUUAACCAUAUCACAGUGGAAACACUGCUACAGGCGGUGGACGAGGUUGUCAACAACCCCAGGUAUAAGUCCAGUGUGCUGAAGCUCUCAGCCAUUCACAAGGACCAACCAGUGGACCCCCUGGAGCUCUCUGCCUAUUGGACAGAGUUUGUGAUGCGCCACAAAGGGGCGGGCCACCUGAGAGCCGCCGCCCAAGACCUCAACUGGUUCCAGUACCACAGCUUGGAUGUGAUUGGCCUGUUGAUCGUCGCGGCGACGGCCGUUGUCAUGGUGACGUUAAAGUGCUUAUCGCUGUGCGUGCGGAGGUUCACAACCAGGAAGAUUAAGGAGGACUGACCAGUAGGGGCGGAGCCUAGAGGCAACAACAGAUAUCCACAUUUAUUUUAAAUUUCCUAAAAUGUUGUGUAUUCAAAUUGUGUAUCUCAACUUUUCCUAAUAAACACCUGGAGGACGGACAGCCGUCCCCCUUGUUCUGUUCCACUGCCAGCACACCUGGGUCUCCUUCAGUAGAGAGUCAACUGAGUGAAAUGGCAACAUCUCCAUCUGAGGAUAAAGGAACCAACCAAGAGGGAAUCAGAAGCAAAAAAAAAAAAAGGACUGUACACUAAUGAAUACACCACAGAUGUCUUCAGGAAAUAAAGAUGGUGGUGUGUUUUUC